AUGGCCUCGAAAGCGGGCUCAGGCGUGGUCUCUAUUGCUGCGGAGGACAUUUCAAACACGUUCUCCUCUACAUGUAUAGAUCUUAUUUCCAAGCCUCUUGGAUCAAGGAUAUUGUCAUUCUCAGAUGAGUGGUUCGCGGCCGCAGAGAAUCUGAUCAAUCCUGCCCCGCCAGUUCGGAAACCUGGUGUCUUCACGCAUGCCGGCGCUUGGUACGAUGGAUGGGAGACUCGUCGGCAUAACCCGGAUUUCGACUGGGUAGUCAUUCGACUUGGUGUGGCAAGUGGGAAGGUUCAGGGUGUGGAAAUUGAUACGGCGUUCUUCAACGGCAACCACGCACCAGAAAUUGCCGUUCAAGGCUGUUUUAGUGAUUCGGAUGAGGAGGUGUCGAAGGAGAGUUUUACAGGGUGGGAAACGAUUCUUGAUAAGCAAGAGUGCGGUCCCAGUCAGCAGUUUGCAUGGCUGUUGCCCGAGUUGACCAAGAAGGCGUAUACACAUGUCCGGUUGCUCAUGAUUCCCGAUGGUGGAAUUGCCCGCUUUAGGUUGUACGGCGUUGCUCUCCCAGUCUUCCCAGAAGGUGGCCAUGAAGUGAUUGACCUUGCUGCUACUGUGAACGGAGGCGUGGCUGUCUCAUGCUCUGAUCAGCAUUUCGGCAGGAGAGAGAAUCUGCUUUUGCCAGGCCGAGGCGUGGACAUGGGUGACGGUUGGGAGACCAAGCGAAGUCGGGCACCAGGACACGUCGACUGGGUCAUUGUCAAACUUGGAGCAGAGGGCGAGAUCGACAAGGUCGUCAUCGAUACUGCCCAUUUCCGUGGAAAUUUCCCACAGCAGGUCAAGGUGGAGGCCUUGAAUACCGCGGGUGUACCAGCCGCGACGGAUGCGGGAUGGGUUGAGAUUCUGGCACCGCAGAAGAGCAGCCCCGACGUGGAGCAUGAGUAUGGCCGCUCGGCAUUGAAGAGUGUCGAGGGUCGGACCUACACGCAUGUCAAGAUGACCAUCAUUCCUGAUGGUGGUGUCAAGCGCAUCCGGGUGUUUGGGCGACGAAAGAUUUAAAAUAGUCAUUUUGCUUGUAUAUACCUACGUAAAAACCUUCAGAGAAUGUCACUAG